UUGGACAAACACGCGGAAGUGACGGACUCACUUCUUGCUAACAACAGUUAGCAGCCAGUGCUUCUCCGGUGAACUCUCCGGUGAACUCUCCGGUGGACUCUCCGGUGAAGGCUCCACAGCCAUGGCUCUCCCGGCUCAGCUCAAACCCAUCCAGCACUACCUCCGCACCGCACAGGAGCACGAGGACCGGGACCCGGUGGUGGCUUAUUACUGUCGUCUCUAUGCUAUGCAGACGGGCAUGAAGCUGGACAGUAAAACACCAGAGUGCCGAAAGUUCCUGAUCAAACUCAUGGACCAGCUGGAGUCGAUGAAGAAGGAGAUGAGUGACCAUGACUCCAUCAGUCAAGAGGUCGUUGGUAACGCCCACAUCGAAAACUACGCCUUAAAAAUGUUCCUCUAUGCUGACAACGAGGACCGGGGGGGGCGAUUCCACAAGAACAUGAUCAAGUCGUUCUACACGUCCAGUCUGCUGCUGGACGUCCUGUCUGUGUUCGGGGAGUUGUCAGAGGAGGUAAGAGGAGGUGGCAUCAGUGCAGUACUCUCUCUCAUCUAACUUGUUGCUCUGAAU